CACAGUUUCUGGCAAGUUUUCUGUAUUGAAAAUCUCAAAACACUCAAACAACUUGAAAACUGGUCAUGUGCAUAUCACAUGUGUCGAAUCUAUUGUUUGAUUACAAUCUUAUCAGAUAACAUUUUAACUCGUGAUGUGGUCACAUGACCAAGGACCUCGUUAUCUCGAUAUAAAAAUACGUGACGUGAACGAGUCGUUUUUAUUCAUGUCACCACAUAGCUGGGACACCUGCGAUAAUUUACAGAAUUUAAUUUAAAGUGCAAUACAGCGUGGACAAUGAAGGGAAUCAUACUGCUCAUGCUGGUUGCCAUGGUAACGGCUGCUCCAAAUCCAGUCUGGGAAGCGUGGAAGCAAUUGCACGAGAAAAAAUACUCGAACGAAGAAGAAACAGUCCGUCGAUCGAUAUGGGAGAAAAAUCUACAAACUGUUGAACUCCAUAAUAUUGAACACGAAAUGGGCAAACACACGUACACCAUGGGAAUGAACAAAUACAGCGAUUUGGAACAUCACGAGUUCGUUGAAGUGAUGUGCGGAUUUCGUAAUGCCAAUAAAACCAGAAGUUCAAUCACGUAUCUGUCACUCUCUAAUGUCCAAGUGCCGGAUACAGUUGAUUGGAGGGAUCAGGGAUACGUCACAGAGGUCAAAGAUCAGGAAGAACGUGACACACCAGAAACAAUUAUCCCCCAGGGCAGAUGA